AUGGCAACUACUAAUCCAGCAAACCUCCCUGGCGCGCCAGUCGACCCUGACCAAGCGCAAGGUGCCCAAAUACCGCUGCAGAGCUUCACCAUCCCGGACUUCCCACCUUCAGCACGAGGCCUCAAGGCAUUGACCUUGACCUCGGACAUCAAAGUCGACGAAUACCAGUCUGCGCUCUCUCAAUCCUACACAGUCCCUGAAAGUCUACCUCGUGGCAUCGAGAGCCUCACACUCGAAUUGUUCAGCUUGGGAUAUCCUGUAGGCUUUCUAUCCAAACUCGCAGAACGACUACCGAACCUCAAGAGCGUGGUGAUAUACAGUCAGCUCUUCGCGGGUAUUACAGAAGAAAGCCACAACGAUGCUGUGGAGUUCUUCAAGAAGCUGCCUAUGCUACGAGCACUACAUCUUCUUGAUGUCUUUGCCAAGCCAGGGUUCUUCAUCAAUGCUGGGAAGUGGUUGAAGUAUAACACUUCGGAUACACCUGGUGAGGCGAGGCGAGGGUUGAUGUUCUUGGAGGUCAACUACACUUUCCGACAUGAGGAUGAGGAUUUCAUGGCCAAGAUACAAGCUACGGAACUACCUUCGCUGGUUGGACCCGGUCUGAUCAGCUGCUCGUUCAAUGUCUCGCCGCCAGAGUCUGCAGAGGACGACGAGCAGGACCCAAGCACGAUACAGCAGGCUUCGAGCAAGGAAGGAGUCAUGGCGUUCAACAAGACCCUAGCUACUGAUAUCAUGUUCGCCUUGACAGAUGAGGAAGUCUCACCAAAAGGACUUCGGGCACUGAAUAUUACGCUGUAUACUAUGACACCAAGCCAACUACAGACUGUACUAGCAGUGCAGAAGCAUGUCUUGGUGCUCAAUGCAACCAUUGAGGCAGAGCCGGGUGAGGAUUGCAAGAAGGCGCUGCUGAAGGCGCUGGAGGGGAGCAAAAAUCUAGAACAGGUUGAGAUUGUGGCCAACCCAUCAUUGCAAUUCUUUAUGGCCCUCCAGAACCCGCGCUCGGGUGUGCUGGCGACCAGUUUCCCUUCUGCGUCUGACAUGGAGGCCUUGAGUAAGAAAUGUCCGAACCUGAAGACCUUCAAGGUGUCCGUGUUACGGACAACCAGCUUUGGUGCACUGGAAUGGGAGAGGAAGGAUGGAAAGUGGAAGGGCGGGUUAGCAGAGGCGAAGACAUAG